AUUUUCAUAUUUUUCAUGGUUUUUCCGCUUUUGGUCUGCCUUUGAUGUUCUCUCGGGAGAUUCGCAGGGAACUGGCGAGGUCGGCAUGUUGAAAACUUUUUAAUCGGAAGAUUCAUUAAUUUUUUAAAUAUAAAGUCAAGAUGUGGUCUGCAGUUAUUGUUUUCUGUUUGUGUGGCGCGUUAGUACAAGGGCGUUCAUCCAGAACAUCCACAACCGCUAGCUGGCGAUCAACGGGUCCUGCCGUUGUUGUCGAAGGCGAGCCGGAAAUUGCUGGAGCGGCAGGCUGCGAAAAUGGGCCUGCUUUCAUCACCACUCAAGCAAUUGCUGUCUUAGGAGCUGACGACUCGGAUGUUUCUGGAACCAUCCAGUUUGACCAGGCCUACGGAGCCGGGCCAGUCACUAUCUCUGGAGCUAUCAGUGGCCUUACAAGAGGGAAACAUGGAGUGCACAUACAGGAAUACGGCAACAUCAAAGAUGGUUGUGGCAAUGCUGGAGCGGAUUACAAUCCUGACAAUUAUCAUCAUGGGGGCCCCAGUGAUCCUGAGCGUCAUGCCGGCGAUCUAGGAAACAUUAAUGCCAAUGCUCGGGGCACGGCUGUUCUGAACAUGCGAAGCAGUGCAUUUAGUUUGAAUGGAGAUUACAGCGUCAUCGGAAGAGCCAUUGUAAUCUAUCAGAAUGAGGACGAUUACGGGCGAGAAAACAGCACGGAAAGUCUGGACAACGGCAACGUUGGUGAACCCAUAGCGUGUGGAGUAAUUGGUAUCGCCACACAGGAAAUAAAUCCACAACAUAAUGUCAACAGUAACGAGCUACGCACACAACGGGAUGACGCAUCAUCAGCACCAACAACAACAUCCAGAAUUCGAGCACCAUGGCCCUGCACAAGGGGAUCGGAAAAUGUCGAGCACGAACCGCAUUUUGGUGAGCAUGGUCAACAUCGGCCAGGCGGACCGGAAGAGGAUCAAGAAUGGGGAAAUAAUGCGGCACCGCAUCGUGGAUUUCAGCCGGAAGCUGGUUUCUUUCCAAUUGGUGAACUUUCCCCGGACCAGCUACAAGAAUUGUGCAACGCUGCCAAAGAUACUGUGAGCAAAGCGGCGGUGUCUAUUUCCGGAAACAGUGAUCGAAGUGGUAAAAUAUCGGGAAGCAUCGAAAUUGUCCAGAACGAAGGAACAGGACCAAUUACCAUUACAGGAAACAUAUCUGGACUUACACCCGGACAACAUGGAUUCAAAGUUUACUCAUAUGGCAAUUUGAAAGAUGGAUGCAACUCGGGCGGAAAACCCUUUGGCGUGCGCCAAAGUAACUCUUCCGGCGGCCAAUCCAGUGACACAAAGCGAUAUGCCGGCGAUCUGGAGAACAUCCGUGCCGAUUCCAGUGGGGCUGCAACCUUCACACUGUCGGACAGUGUCCUUUCGCUCAAUGGUGACUGGAGUAUCAUUGGACGCAUGCUGGUAAUCAGUGAAGAGGCCGAUAAUUUCGGUGGAUAUGGACAAACCAACGAUGCUUUCGAUUACUCUGACUCAUCGAAAAAGAUCGCGUGCGGUGUAGUGGCCCGCGUCCAGGAAACAUUUACGGAAAUUAACGCAGACGAUGUGGCAGCAGUACAAGUGGAAGAUGUCAAGGAAGAGCAAGUUGCGGCUUAUGAGGCAGCUCUGAACGGUGUGGAACAACCGAUUUAUGCAUUUAAUUUUGUGACGUUUGCCAUGUUAUUAGUUUCUAUUUAUGUUAUCCAAUUUUGAAAGCACAAAUGCUCUCUAGUGCACAGAUUUGUGGUUAUCUAUUCGGCAGGUCAACAUAAGAUCCACAGAGUAGGAAACCCGCAGUCUGUUUUAUGCUCUGACGCAAACCUUUUAGCGCAGUGAUCAUGAAGACACAAUAAACCACCUAUCUGU